UGUUUAUUAUAGAUAAGUAUUAUAGGGUAUCAAUUUGAUACAGAAGAAGCUUUCUAUAUUCUAAUUUUUAAUCUAUAAUUAUUCUGAGUUUCUUUUUCUUGAUUAUUCUAUCAAUACCAUGUGCUCUCCUCUUAUAAAAAUCCAUAAGAAUUCAUAUGCACCAGACCGUAGCUUUUAUCCCAGUUUGCAAAGAUUCAUAAGACAUAAAAUAUCUACCUGGGGCCACGAGCAGACAGAAAGAAAAAAUCCAACAGUUCUCAACCAACCUCUAACCUGCACAAUCACCGUUUGAUCUUCACUGAAAUUCUUUAAAUUUCUAUCAAACGGCUCAAGAACGUGAAAAAUCAUACAACCCUACUUACAACUUUUCUGGUCCUGUCCUGUCGCUUUCUCUAUAAUUGCGGUCUUUUUCGUUUUGGAUUGGCUCUUUUCAUAUAAACACAUUUCAGAUUUCUACAGAAGAACACAGAUCAAUCCAGAAACCAAAGAAAAACAAAGGGUUUAAAGGGCUUAACGUAUAUAUAAGUAUAAGCAUACCUAUAUCUACGGUGAACAGAGAGAAAAAGAGAGGGAUAUGGAGGGUGAUAGGAGAGUUGGGGUGGCUGUGGAUUUCUCUCCAAGCAGCAAGAAUGCGUUGAAAUGGGCUGUGGAUAACGUUAUCCGGAAAGGGGAUCAUCUUAUCCUUGUUAAUGUACGACCUGAAGGAUAUUAUGAGGAGGGCGAGAUGCAACUUUGGGAAGUCACCGGUUCACCUUUUAUCCCUUUAAGUGAGUUCUCUGAUCCUGUUGUCAUGAAGAAGUAUGGGGUAAAGCCUGACCCUGAAACUUUGGACAUUGUCAGCACUGUUGCUAGGCAAAAAGAAGUUGAGGUGCUCAUGAAGAUUUUCUGGGGUGAUCCACGUGAGCAGUUAUGUGAGGCCAUUGAUCAUAUCCCUCUGAGCUGCAUAAUUGUAGGAAAUCGAGGGCUUGGCAAGCUUAAGAGGGCUAUAAUGGGCAGUGUAAGCAACCAUGUGGUGAAUAAUGGUUCCUGCCCUGUUACUGUGGUGAAGCACCAUGACUAAGUGCUACGCUUGCUCUAUGCCUUAUUUCACUGGCGUCUGGCCUGGCUUAUGUUUUGCAUGGGAUGUUGAAUUAUUUUGUAUGAAAUAAACCUGUAGAUUUAAACCUGUUGCUGUAUAUUUGUGUAUGAAAUAAAUUGUGUCUGCAGUUCUAGGAACUUUUGCUUAGCGUUUGUAUUGCACAAUUGAACUAAAUUGCCUUUCUGGUUUUAAGAUUUUGGAUGCAACAAUUUAAGCAGCAUCUGCUUUUGAAA